AUGAAAAGUAAUUCCAAAAAAGAAAAUAUUAAUGCGAAAAAAAAAUAUGUUUUUUUCACUGAUCCUGACAUUAUUGUUCAACGUGCUGAAAUAUCUACACAGCAAGAUUACAUUAGUAAGCAAUCAUCUAAAGACGCAACAUCUAAUAUUCCAAUUCAAUUUGAUUUGAAAAGUUUAGAAAACUUAUCAUAUCAUUCUGUUCAACCAUAUCCUUUCACAUUUAUAAGUGCUGUGAAACGAAAAUUAGCUUUAAACGAUGGUUCUGAAGUUUAUAGGAAAACGUAUGAACCCAAUAAUGAAAAUGCAGUUAAACCAGCAAUAGAAUCUGAUAGCACGCAGAAUUUGCAUCAAGUUGUACAGACGAUGGAUUUCAUAAGGCCAUUAAAGGUUCCAGAUUUGAAAAUUUCUGCAAAAAAACUAGAUUUUUCCAACAGGGAAAAUUGCGCAUCAAAAGAGUUGAUAUCACAAAAGUGUGAGACACCUGCAAAGGAGUUUAUUCAUGAAAGAGGAGAAAAAUCGACAAAAAGUUUUGAACGAGUUCAAAGAAGAUUAGAUUUUUCAACCUCAGAUAUUUCGUCAACUAUCAAUAGCGAGGUAGAGCCGUUGAAGGUGCCAAAUAUUUCCAUAUCUUCAAAUUUGUCAAAAAAGAAAGAAUAUGUUAGAGAAAAUUCUAGAGAAAAGGAAAACAGAUCCAAAAGAAUUAGAAAAGAUGAAUCUUUGUUUUCUAACCAAGAGGAAACAAUACAAGAUUUUCCUAAAAGAUCUAAAAGUCCAAGACAUAUUUCUAGAAAAGAUAUUUCUAACAAUGUAAAUGAAAGUACAUUAAGUAUGAAAUUAAAAAAUGACAGAUUGUCAUUCCAUAUUCCAAAAGAAAGUGAUUUUGUUCCAACAAAACCAAAACCAAAAAACUUCGCAACAUCAACUGCUAAAAAGAUUAACGAUAAGAAACAUAGAUCUAUUAAUACUAGAUCUUUGAAAUCAAGAGAUUUUUCUUAUAACGAGACACUUUCUGAACGAUCUUCAGAAUUAUCAGGUAUCACAAUGAAAGAGUCUAGAAAUAUAUUUGAAAAUUUUGAUUCUAAACAUAAGAAUGAUUCACAUACAUUAAAACAGAUAGAUGAUCAGAUAUGUACGUUUUUAUCAGAAAAUAGACAAGUUAAACAACAUCAAACAACAUGUCAAACACAAGGAAAGACAGGAAACAUAUUUUUCAAGGAACAAAAUAAGAAAUCCGAAAAAGUAAAACCUUCAACAAGUAAAAUGGAUAACAAAAUGUAUAUAAUAAAUUCCAAAGAAUUUGAAGAUAUAGAAAGUGUAACUGAUUCAGAUAUAAGUCUAAGAAGUCAAAGUCCAAUCAUUGUGUCUACACAACAGAUAAAAAAUAAGGAUUCUGAGAAAAUUGCACAAAGUGUUAGUAAAUCAAAUAAAGUUACUGAAGAUUUAAAGUAUGCAGAUGAUUCAUUAACACAAUCUACCAAUGUAAAUACAAAAAAGGAAGAAACAUCAUUUACAGAAAGCGUUGCUACUACAGUCAAACAAAGUAGUGAUAGUAAUGAAUCUAAUUUAAACAACAGUAUUUUAUCAAGCGCAUUAUUAGAUCCAAGAAGAAUUUCAUUUAGGGACGAAAAUCAUUCACAACAAGAAGAAUUUUGUGAUUUAAUUACACCAGAUAUGAAUCUUAUGCCUCGAUCUAAGCGAAAGCGGGAAUUUAUGCAAAAUAGUAAUAUGGAAGCUGAGUUUAAAUAUUCAAAACAUAAUAUGAAUAAAACUGAAACAGAAAAGCCAGAAAAUAGUUCAUUGUUACAUCCAACUGCCUUACAUAUGCAAUUUAAAGCUGAAUUGCAUCUUCUUGAUUCAUUUAAUGAAUCACUGAGACAGGUUAUAGAUGUUGAAAAAUGCUUAUAUGAUGUUAAACAUAAUCAAGAAAAAGAGUUACCAUUGCAGGAUAGUCAGUCAAAUGACCAAGUGAAAUCAUAUUUCUCUAAAGUAACAGAUGAAAGGAAUACUAAUGAUAUGGAACAUUCUGAUGAAAUUAAUAUAUCACAUAAACAUGUUGUCACUGAUAAAGUGUUUGAGUUUCCAACUCAAAAAGUUCAUCAUAGUACAAGUCAGACUGUGGCAAAUGAAUUUGACAAUGUGAAUAAAGUAAUUAAACCAGUAGUUAAAGCUGUAGAAGUACAAACUCAAACAAUGAAUGAUAUGGCAACUCAAACAGAUAUACGUUCACCUCGACGAAAUGUACAAAAUAAAUGCUCAGAAAUGUGUGGAAUAUCAUAUGAACAAGAAUUCGUUGGAGACAAUGAAAUUCCACAGCUUUCUUUAGACUCGGUAGAGCAAUUUGGAGAUUUGGAUCAAAUAGAAGAAAUAUCGUUGUCUAGUAAGCUAAGAACGAUGUCCGAAAUAAGUUUACACGAAACAACAUCGUCUAUACGAACAGAGACUGGAACAGAAAUUAGCAUCUCUACUCGAGAUAUAAUUUGUUCUUUUAAUAAAUAUUUAGAUCUAGAAAUUGCACAGCUAUUACAAGAUGAGAAACAAAGAUACGACAAAAUUGAGAUGUUGUUCAAAUCUCGUGAAAAAACCUUAAUUGAUCGAACUAAAAAGUUAGUGAAACUGGAAGAACAAAAACGAGCAUUAAAAGACACUGGGCAAGAUAGUCGUGUUAGCUCUGUGAAAAAGAAACAGAGAGCUUUACUUUUAAAACUGCAACAAGAAAAAGAUGAAAUGAAUAGGUUAAAAGAGCUUCACAAAAUUGCAAGUCAAGAACGUAAGCUUAUGCUACAGAAACAGAGAAAUAUGUUCAAUCCUCAAAUAUCUACUAAAAAUAUUUUAACAAAAUUAAAACGAAGUGCAGAUAGUCAGUCUCCAAGGAAAUUAUCUGGGCCUAUGAAGGGUUAUGAUAUAAGAAGUAAUAGUUCUAUGAGUUCUCUGCUUGAUUCUGAUAAAUCUCAGCACGAUCGAUCUCAAAUAGAAGCACGCAUGCAGAUAUCAGAAAAUGAUUUGCAUUUUUCUAAAAUUGAUUUACCAAAGAGUAAUAAAUUUACGAAUUUCGUUGAAGAAUCCAAUGCGUCACCUGAUAAAUCUGAUGAACCUAUACAAAGUAAUAAAUUUUCGAAUUUCGUUGAAGAAUCUAAUGCGUCGCUUGAUAAAUCUGAUGAACCUAUACAAAGUAAUAAAUUUCCGAAUUUCGUUGAAGAAUCUAAUGCGUCGAUCGAUAAAUCUGAUGAGCCUAUACAAAGUAAUAUCUCACAAGAAAAAUAUCUUCAUAAAGCACAGAAAGAUGGAAACAUAUCAAAAUAUGAGAUAAAGUCAAGAAAAUUUGAAGAAAAGAUGCCUAAAGUAGACAUUAUAAAAUUGAAAUCUUAUCAACAUUCUGUUGAUUCAAAAUUAAUUCCAAAUCAUUCCAGUAUGAGUAUUCCUGGGAAAUACCUUUUUGAGAAAGAAAAAUCUUCUGAGGUAGAAUUGUCACAACAGAAUUCAAAUAAAUCUAUCUCUGAACAUAUUAAAUCAGAUUCUGAAACUUUAGUAGAAGAAUUAUCUAAGAAGUCAAAGCCUUCUCAAAUAAUUGAUGAUCAUUUUCAAAGUAUGGUAUCUCCAAAGGAAUUUUUGAAAACUAUUGCUACAAAUAGUGAAAUUUUGUCAGAAGAAGUAAGUUCUGUUGGUCAAGACACCAUAUUGAAAACAUCAAAAUCAUCACAAGUAUCGGAAGAUAUUUUACAGAUGUACUCAAAAAGCUCUAAACGAAGCAGUAAAUCAAUCCCGACUGACAUGUCCAAAAAUACUCAAUAUAGUUCUGAAUCUAAGUCAAAUUUUAAACGUAGAAGUUCAAAGUAUCAAAAAAGCAAAUCGUCAUCUAGUAUAGAUACGGAAAAUAUAUUAGGAUCCAAAUCCAAUUUUCAAAUGUCAGAAGAGCUUGUUAAACAUCACAAUAAACGGACAAAAAUGGAAAAGGAAUUUAUUCAAGAAGAUAAGAAUAAUGAAACUACAAUUAUGGAUAAACAUACGAAGGAGAAGAAUUUAAAAUCAUUAACAGAUAGGGCAGAUGAUUAUGAUAGUAAAGAGAAUGUAUUUUGUCAAAAAAUGUUUGAUAAAAAUAUAAAUUCUUACGAAAAUUUCUUGUGUAAUCAAGACAAUAAUGAACAUAAUUUUGAUGAGACAUCCACAAAACCUCAAAUUGGUAAUUUUGCUAUUUCUCAUCACAAUUCUGGAGAAAACAACAGAAAUUAUUCCAAAUCCGUGAUUGUUAGUUCGCAAGAUCAUAAUUUAAUAUCUGAAAAACUUGAGCAAGUUUUGAAUGCACGUGAAGCUGCGCUUACUUCUCGGAAAAAUUGUGUAAAAAACUGGAUGGCUUGGCAUACGAAGUUAAAAAAUGAAGAAGAUCAUGUUACUCAAAUGGAACAGACUGCAAUUAAACUUAUAACUGCUGCAUCUAGUGCUCUUUCACAUCAAGAUACUACUAUUUCAUCGGACACGAGUGAUAUUGAAGGAAGAAUAGAGUUACUUACGGAAAAAUUAGCUAAAAAACGAAUAGAAAUGUCAUGCUUAAAAAAGGAAGCCAGAAAACAAACAAAACAAAAACUUCGGGCUUUAGAAGCUAACUUGUUGAAUCAAAUUAAGAAAUAUGAUGCAACGAUUUACGAAAUGCGUAAAAAAUUGGAAUCGAAAAAAGGAUUUUCUAAAGAUAGCGAUAAAUUAGCGAUAGAGUCAAAAUCAUUAGCAGACUUCAAAAUACCUGAGAUUCCUCUAAAAAAGCUGCAAGAUAUGUUCAAAUCUAGCGAUUUGUUAAGGUCUAGGUCAGAAUCUGAUUUAUUUUCUACGAAAAGAUUAUUAGCAAAAGAUUUCAUGAAAAAUAAUUUAUUACAAGAUGAAACUAUCGAAACCGAUAGAAAUGAUUCUGAAGAAGUACUUAAAUCUUCAAAAAGCACGAGAAUGUUGGAACAAUUGAGUUUUGCUAAAAUGAAUAUGGCAAAUUAUAGCAGUCAAGUUUUUGAUAAAAAUAUAUCAGAACAAAUUGAAAGUGAUAAAUUUGCUUCUGCUUCGAUGUCAUUAGUUUCUGGCGGACGACUUGACAAAAAUAUUUCUUAUGAAACUGGGAGAGAUGAAAUCGAAAACAAACAAAAUGUUUCUGAAACUAUUAGAACUGAAAACAAUAUAUCGAAAUCCGAAACAGAUAUAGUUACACAAUCCGAAGCUAAACUUUCUAAACAUGAUGCUACGAUUCAAUCUGACUUAAAGGAGUAUAAAUCCGAUUUUGACACGUUUUCUGAACAGUCUCGGGCUAAAACUAUUUCAUCACAAUUUGAAGAUAAUAAAUUACAACAUUCAGAACAUUCAUAUAUAUCUUCAAGAAAAUCGAAUGAUAUUCAAAAUUCUAAUACGGAAAUCAACACCGAAUUUACUAAUGACAAUAUUGAUUUUUCUAAAAAAAUGGAUUUUUUACGUCUAAAUAAUCAGAUUUUGAACGAGGAUAUAAGCUCAUUAGAAAAUGAAUUAAAAAUACUUUCAGAAAUGAUGUCGCGUUUUAAUAAAAAAUCAAACAAAGAAGCAAAAUACGAGUCACAAAGUGAAGAAAAAAGUACAUCAAAGGAUAUAUCAGAAAUACUUUCAGUAUCUGAUAAAAAUAAUGAAAUUUCUGACGUGGAAAUCAUAAAAGAGAACAAAAACGCAAAUAUAGAAUUAUAUCAGAAAAAGAGUAAUUCUGACAUUUCACAAUAUAUGACGAAUGAUACAAAAUUAAAAUUAGUUACUAACUUUAAUGACAAUAAAAGUAUAACUAAAGAAGUUGAUAACGUAAUAUCUGUUAUGAUGCCAGAAAGUAAAAUGUCGCCUUCUAAAUCAAAUAACCAAGAAAUUGAUUAUAAAGCAAGAAGCAAGAAAAUUUUGAAUGAAAUCGAAAAAUCUAUAAUAUCAGAACAUAUUAAAGGAACUAAGGGCGAUAUCAGUCGCUCGGAAAUGUUGAUUGAGAAUAACAAUUUAAGCUUAUAUAAAAAAGAUGAAAAAAUAUCUAGUGAUACUUCUGCUGGCAUCAGAUCUUUAUCUGAAACUUACUCGAAAACAAUGCAGAGUGAAGAAUGCAUGAAUGCUAUGGAAUUUGAAACAAUACAUUCUGAAGAAAAUGUUGAUAUAAAUAUUGAAGAAAAUUUGGUUAAUUCACGUAACUUAAAAAACCGUCAAUUACUAGAAUCGAAUAAAAGUCUUUCUUUGCUUUCAGAAAAAUCUAAUUCAAGUGAAAAAGAUGAAUCUUCAAAUCAGUGUACAGAUCUCAAUCAUAGCCCAAUAAUAAAUGAUGUACUUACUAUAGAUACUCAUUUAGAAAAUAAAAGUGAUUCAUCUCUCAAAUACAUUCUGCAAGAUGAUUCAAAACAGACAAUAGUUACAGAAUAUAUAAAUGAAUUAUUAAAAAGACAAAUUUCUCCACAGUUAUCAAAUUUAACCAAAAUAAAUAAUAAUUCUAUAGAUUAUAUGAAAAAUACAGUAAAUGAUGGUAAAUACAAAAAUAUAAAUGAUGUAUAUCCAACUUCAGAAGUGGAAAGUGUAAAAUUAAUCUUAAAUGAAUGCAAAGAAUUUAGUGAUAGUAAUAAAAGUGAAGUAUCAAUUGAUAUGUUAAUAUCUAAAGAAGUUUCUCAGAAAUUUGUGCAGGAAUCUAAACAAAAUGCUUCUGAUCAUGCUUUAAAUAUUAGCAAGCAAAAAAUCGAUGAAAAUGAAAGUCAGACACAAGAAAUACUUAUUAAUAAAACUUUUGAUAAAGAUCGAAUUGCAUCUGAUUCAUUUAGUAUCCAUUCUGUAUGCGAAAAUUCUCAAAGUCAAACUUCAAACUUAUUGAACGAUGACUCGAGUAUAUUGUUAAAUUCAAAACAUAUAUUCCAAAGAAUUAAUGAUUCUAAAAAUCAAAUUAACUCAAUUAGUGACGUAGAAGAUUUAGAAAAUAUGUCACUAUUUAUUCCGAAAAGUGAAUCUAGUAAUAUUGCUAUAUAUGAGCCUAAACUAGAUGAAACAAUUAUGGAUUCUCAUUUUGAAAACUCCUAUGAUAAAGCUAAAGAUAUAUUGGAUAUCAUCACUAAAAAUAAUGAUAGAGAACAAUAUGAAGAAGAAACUGUGCACAGUAUAGAAACCGAUGAUUUUCAAAAAGCUAUUUAUGAUUCUGUAAUUAAGAUACUGGAUAAAGUUGAAAGAAGCAUUGAGGAUAAUUCAAUAAAAGAAAAAAUUGAGAAUCAUGCAAAUAGUAUAGCAAAUAAAAAUGAAAUAAAAGUCACAGUAGAGGAAAAAGAGAAAUCAAUUUUGAAUUUACAAAAUAAAUGUUUAGAAGAAAAUAGAGAUGAAAUAAUUAAUGAAAAAAAUAUUACUUUGAAUAUUGACAGUGACAGAAAUAUUAAUGAAAAGAUAAUAAUUAAUGAAGUUAAUACAGAGAUCGCUAUAAAUCUAGAUGUAAAUACAGAAAUCAAAGAUGAUGAAAAUACGUAUUUUAGUGAAUCUAAAUCUCGAGAAAUUAUUAUAACAGAAUUAGAACCAGGAAGUGUGGAAAGUGGAAGUUUAUCAGAACUCGAAAUUGAUGCUAAAAUAGAAUUGGCAGAAGAAGAACUUAUAGAAAUAAGUAAAAGCGAUAAUAAGAAGGAAACACAAGAAAAAACAGCACAAGAACUAAAAUCAUUGGAACCUAUAAUAGAACAAGAUAGUUCUGAUGGCGAACAGCUUGACAAUUUGGUUGAAGUAACUGAAACUGUAUUGGAUGUUAUAGAAAAAGAGAUUAAAUAUUCUACAGAUUUUCCUAGCGAGUCAGAAUCGAUUUCACAUAAUAAAACAAAUAUUCAAAGUAUUAAAAUUCAAAAAAAUGAAAUACAAUAUGAAAUAACUCCUCCCGUAACAAUAAAUGAUAUUAAAACAGUAGAAAAUAUUGAAGCAAUUUCAUUGCAUGCCUCACAAAAUAUAGCAGAUAAAACCUUCGACAUUUUGAAAGAUCCAGAAUAUGAAGAUAUUUCAGAAGAAAGUCUUGAAGUUUCUGAAAUAUUUGAUAAAAGUGAAAUUCAGAAAUCUGCUCUUUCACAAAAAUCAUCUUCCAUACUGGAAAGAUAUGAAGCAAUACCAAAAUCAGGAGAUGUAUUAAAAAUACUUGAUGAAAUUGCACAAAAAUUUUCAUCAAGUUCAGAAAAUGAUACAGACCAAUUUAAAAAUAAUAAAUAUAUUUUGGAAAACAAUAAAAAAUCGCAAACAGUAAUUUCUGAUACAGACAGCGUUGCAUUUUCAAAAAUUGAUGAUGAAGCGAUUAAUAAAAACGAACAAUCGCUAAUAGAUAAUUUGGAAAACCAACAGCCUCAAGCAGUAACACCAGAAGAAGAAAAUCAAUUGAUUAAAAUAGUUAUUAGUUCAAAUGAAAUUGCAGAAAAAGAAAAACAAGAACAAGAUGUAUUAUCUGAAUCAAGUGAAGGUAGAGAUACACCAAAAGGCGUAUCAGAAAUUGAAAUGGAUUCUCCUAGAGAUCUCAAUGAUUCAAGAUUGAAUAUUGAUGUGUUAAAUGAUGAUUUAUUGACUAAUUCAAAUAUGGAAAAUCAAAAUACAGAUUCAAAAAAUGCAUUUCAUACCACACCCAUUGUUGCAACAUCUGAAAAGGAUAUAGAAGUUAUGAUAGAUAAAUUAAAAGAUUAAGAAGUUAGAAGCGGAAGAAGUAUCUUUCUAUGUUAGAGAAAUACCAAACAAACCACCACCUCCCUACACACCACCUGGAAGUGGUGCAAGAAUUUCAACAUCUCUUGGAUCAUCUUCUUCUCCUCCAGCCGUAAUUCCUUCCAAUAUAGAAGAAUUAACUGCAUUUACUGAAAAAGCUACAGCAAUAAUAUUUGAAGCUAAAGAGACUGGAGAAGAUAUUAUGAGCUUAGAAGCUCCUUUUGAAAUCUGCGAAUUAACCAAAGAAAAUGACGAGAGUGUAAAAAAGGACAGAAGAAUUUACAACACAUUCCUCUUUGAUCUAUGCAAAGAAACAAUCGCUGAAGUUUAUCAGGCUGAAUAUGAAAAACCAGGUCCAAGUUGGACGAAACCAAAUGUGAAGACGAAACCCACAAUGAAGAUUCCUAAGACUAUACAAGAGCUCAAUGCUUAUGUGAAUAAAGAAGUGGCCACAUUGUUUGGUUUUAAAACAAAAUUACAACGGGAAAACAUGGUAAUGCGUUGGAGUAGGAAACGAAGAGACAGGGUUGAUGAAUUAUUAGCUAGAGAAGCUCAGGCUGAGGAAGAUGAAUGGACAAAAUUCCAUCAUGAUGAACUUGCGGUAAAAAAUGGUCUUACUGUAACUAUAUUAGAUACUUUGUUAAUGGAGACUGUGAAUGUAGUUAAAGUAGCAUAUGCAAAGAAAAGGAAAGUAAUGGUUUAGUUUUUUUUUUUUUUUGUCGACAUUAUGACUAAUGACUGGUAAUGAGAUACCAAUAUGUAUAAAUUAUAAGAUAAUCGUUGAUAAUAAUUAUGAAAGAUAACAUACAUUAUUUUAAAAUUUAUUCGGUCUGAACUGUCAUAUUUUUAAUGAAUUUCUCUAUUAAUUAAUUUUUAUUAGUAUCCUGUAUAUGAUCUGUAGGCUGGUUCCUAUUUAUUUUUUUGAUAAAUUGAUCGUAAAUAAGGAAACAAAAAAUGUAAUGAAUUUAUUUUAUGAAUUUUAGAAUUGUAGAAAAUAUUUGAAAUUUGUAAUUGUCAAUGUGUAGAAUUCGUUAAUCAAAUAUUAUAAAUUUGUUCUAUUAAAAUUAAGAAUUAUUAUAUAUGAAAACAUAUAGCAUAUAGGUUUAACAUAACAAUUUAUAUUCACAUAUAUUGGAAUGUAAUAAUAUAUUUACUAUAGGGAAAUCUCAUCAAUAUUUAGUUUUAAGAAAGACUUAUAGUUAUUGCUUUAAUAACUUUGAGCAUUUUGUUUGAGUAAUUUUUCAGGUAAUAUAGUUUUAUAUAGCUAUUAAUAAUAUGUUCCUUAUUAAUUUUUUUAAAUUAUUUUCUUAUUUAUAUAAGUAGAAUUAA